UGUGUAUUGACUAUUUUUUUUUUGACAGGCAGAGUGGAUAGUGAGAGAGAGAGACAGAGAGAAAGGUCUUCCUUUUUGCUGUUGGUUCACCCUGCGGCCCGUGCACAGCGCUGAUCCGAAGGCAGGAGCCAGGUGCUUCUCCUGGUCUCCCAUGGGGUGCAGGGCCCAAGGACUUGGGCCAUCCUCCACUGCACUCCCGGGCCACAGCAGAGAGCUGGCCUGGAAGAGGGGCAACCGGGACAGAAUCCGGUGCCCCGAGCGGGACUAGAACCCUGUUAUGGUGCUGCUAGGUGGAAGAUUAGCCUAUUGAGCCGCGGUGCUGGCCGCAUAUUGACUAUUUGGGGUAUUUUCAAACGACAGGCUGUGUCUCCAGAUUGGGCUUCCGACUGCUCAGUAGGGGAAGUGACCUAAUGGAUGCAGAGAUGUUGUACAAGUAGAAAUUCAGGAAAUUAUAAUAGGAAUGACGACGCGGUGAGCCAGGAUGCACAGAGACACAGGAAACAGGCCCGCUCACAUAACCCACGCUUUCAUGACAACUUCCGUCUAGGGGCAAGGCUGCAGUGACCUGAAGACCUCCCACAGGACGACCUCCAGAGCCAUAAUUGGAUCAAGUCUCCACCCUUACUCCAUCAGCCAUCAAACUCUGUGGUUUAUAGGUUUGUGUGAGUUUGGUGAGCCAAGUCUUACUUAACGUGUAACAGUGGGUAUCUUUACUGCUGUGUUGAACAACUACUCCCUUCUUUUCCCUUAUUUUAUUCUGUGGCACCAGCGCCUGUAUGAAUGUGUAAGCCACACACUGUGGAGCCAUCCUUAGUUUUUCUCUUUUCUACUUUUGGCAUUUUUUUAAAGGUUUUAUUUAUUUAAGAGGUAAAGUUACAGACAGAGAAAGGUCUUCCCUCUGUUGGCAAACUCCCCAGAUGGCCACAGUGGUUGGGGGUUGAGCUGAGCUGAAGCCAAGACCUCCAGACCUCCAGACCUCCAGGUCUCCCAUGCGGGUGCAGGGACCCAAGCACUCGGACCGUCUCCCACUGCUUUCCCAGGCUGCAGGCAGGGAGCUGGACUAGAAGAGGAGCACUGAGACACGAACCGACACCCAUGUGGGAUGCUGGUGCCACAGGCGGAGGCUUAGCCUCUGUGCCACAACUCUGGACCCCUGAACAUUUGUUAUAACAGAAAAUUCUAUCUUUCUUUCCCCAUAGAUAGCUUUUCCUUCUUCAUGCUCUGGGCUUUAGCUUUGCACAUUUCUCUACCUCCAUGGUAAUGAUUCAUGCUCAGAACUCCCUAAAGUGUACCAUAGCUUCCUUUGUAAUCUUAUACAAUUUCAUAUCUUAUGUUUAUUCUCCAUAGAACUAUCUUAUGACUUUUUGGAACUACCAAUCCAGAAUAUGACCACAAAAAAGUUCAAUGGCUCAUAUUGAAUUUAGUUACUAACACUUCUUUCUGCAGGAUUUAUGAAGCUACUUUAAACAGUUCAUGGGGACCGGCAUCCCAUAUGGGCACUGGUUCCAGUCCUGGCUGCUCCACUUCUGAUCCAGCUCUCUGCUAUGGCCUGGGAAAGCAGUAGAAGAUGGCCCAAGCCCUUGGGCCUCUGCACUUGCAUGGGAGACCCAGAGGAAGCUCCUGGCUCCUGGCUUCGGAUUAGCUCAGCUCUGGCUGUUGCGGCCAUUUGGGGAGUGAACCAGUGAGUGGAUGGAAGACCUUUCUCUCUCUGGCUCUACCUACCUGUGUAACUCUGUCUUAAAAAUGAAUAAAAUUAAUCUUUAAAACAAAUAAGUAAACAGUUCAUAGAAGGAAUAAAAAGAGAAGUUUAUUUUGGUGCAAACAUUUGACAGUCUGUGCACUCUUUUUUCACAUACACAUUUUCCAGGAACUCUUGUCAGUUAUGCCGGUCUUGCCCAAGUUAACUGUGUCUACUCCACUUUAAGCUCAAGACCUUCCAGGUGCUCCAGGCCUCUCUCACAUGUCCUGGUCAUGCCUGUGUUUUCUGCCUCUGGCUUUGUACACUGGCAACUCCCUCUUGGACAUCUAGUUCUUUUCAUUAUGUUGCUCAUCCUUAAACUGUGAUGUAAAUGCAGCUUUCUGUAUUUUGUGGGUGACUAUUGUAUCUAAGAUUUACCUACGACCACUCUAUAUCACCUCUUCCAUACCAUUUCUCACAUUCUGUAAUUGUGUUAACUUCUUUGCUUCCCUGUUGAUUCUCUCUCCUUUUACUAGAAUGACAGCUUUAUGGAGACAGAGAAUAUUAUUAUUAGUCACUUGGGUAUCACAACUCACAGCCCAUUCAGUAUUUGUUGGAAGAAUGGAUGCACCCUGUCUUAAUUUAUUCUAGGUGUAGUGUGUUUGUUUCUAGGUCUGUCAACGUUCUGCCGUGUUCUAUUUGGAGAGUAGCCAAAGUUAUGUGUGUUCAUUAUAGAUUAAACAUUAUUAUUUUUAAAAGUAGCUGUUUCAUUUUUCAUUUUCAUUUUUUCAUUCCUCUUUUUCCUGAAAGAAAUAUGAGAGAUUGAGCAUGUGUAGUAGCACCCACAAAUUCAAGGCAGGUUUAAAAAGUGUGGGGAGAUGUCAGCAAAGUUAUGCCCUUGGAUAUUAUUUCUGUUUCAUAUAAAAUGUAAGUUUGACUCAGAUGUUAAACUAUGAAAUCUCAUUUAGGUUCUGCUAUCCAGAAUGGAAGAUAUGCAGGAAAGGAUCCAGGUGAGUAUGUUGGAUAGGGGAAAUCCUGUGUCCACAUCAAGUGCGAUCAAACUCUGAUGGGAAUUAAAGACCAUGAAUAUGUUAAGACCAGUACCACCAAUUCACAACCCAGUGACCAUCAAAGAAAUUACCGAGGAGUGAAACCACACGUGUGCAGUGAGCAUGGGAAAGCCUUUUCCUGGAAAGCACAGCUCAUUAGACAUCGGAGAUCUGAAAGCGGAGAGAAAUGCCACAGCUGUGAUGAAUGUGGGAAAACAUUCAUGAGGAAGAUUCAGCUCACGGAGCACCAGAGGACUCACACGGGAGGGAAGCCCCAUGAAUGUAAAGAGUGUGGGAAAGCCUUCUCCAGGAAGUCACAGCUCCCGGUUCAUAAGAGAACCCACACAGGAGAGAAACCCUGCGGGUGCAGUGAAUGUGAAAAAGCCUUCAGCAGGAAGUGCUGGCUCAGUAGACAUCAGCGAGCUCACACAGGAGAGAAACUCUACGGAUGCAGUGUGUGUGGGAAAACCUUUUCCCAGAAGGCCUGUCUCCUUGCACACCAGAGACUUCACACGGGCGAGACACCUUAUACGUGCAGUGAAUGUAGAAGAACCUUUUUCUUUAAGUCAGACCUGACCAAACAUCAGAGAACUCAUACAGGAGAGAAACCUUAUGAGUGUAGUGCGUGCCAAAAAGCCUUUAGAAGCAAGUCAAAUCUAAGGCAGCAUCAGCAAACUCAUACUGGAGAGAGACCAUAUGCUUGCAGUGAGUGUGGCAAAGGCUUUACCCACCUGUCAGUCCUCAUUAAACAUAAGAAAAUGCACACAAGGCAGAAGGCUAUACAUUCACAGAAGGUGAAUUUAUUUAAAAUCUUCCUU